AUGUUUUUUUCUUUCUUUUUUUUUCCCCCUUCAUUCCUUCCUUCCUCCAACAAUUUCGUUCAACUGCUUCGUUUGCGCGUCUGGACGAUUUUUGUUUUUGUUUUCUUUUUUGACCCUUUUCGCUUCCUGUUGGUGACGAGCGGUUUGCUCGCACUUAACCGAAAGAAAAAAAAAGGGGUUUGGGCGAGUGAAAAGGUGGGAAGGAGAGGAAUAUGUCAUUUUUCUUUUUUUUUUUUUACUUUUAGUUUCUGGUUGCCAUUACUAUUAUUUUUAUUAUUCUUUCACCCUUGCUACGGUGAGGCGAUAGCUCAAAAUUGUUUGGGUUCUGUUGUUUUUCCUUUUUUUUAA